AUGUUUCGAGACCAGGAGAACAGUUUUCAGCUGUUUCUGAGACUACUGGCAGUGCAGCUGCGCCACCCGACGGCCAGUGGGGAACUGCAGGGAUGGAAACAAAUCAAGGGCAGGUUCUACUCCAAGUUUCACCAGAAGAGAAUGCAGGAGCUGACAGCCAUUGGUCUGAGUAACUUCAUCACCCUGUUCCUCACACUGGCACUGGUGGCUGAUGUCAACGAUGUGGCAGGAAAGAUGCAAGACCUCCUAGAUCUUCUAAACCAUGGGUUGAUGGACUUUCAAAGGAGGACCAUUAUCUGGAAAGGUGUGUUUGCCCUGAUGCAGGUGCAUGAACACAGACAGGUGGACAUGGCACACCUGGCUGACAGGAUGGCCAAGUCCUUCAACAGGACCUGCAGUGAGUUUUCCCAGAAGGGUUUAGAUCCGUCCUUACGGCACCAGCUGUGGGCCCUGCUCAGUAUCUAUGUGGAGUCCAGCCAGGAUCUAUGUGAGAACAGCACUCUACUGCACCUCUCACAGGCCAAGCUACUGGCCUCAGGGUACUCCCAGCUACUGCCAGUUUGUAGGGAGACUGAACUGAGGACAGUCUUCAACUUUAUACAGACACUGCUGGCUAAACACAGAAGUCUGUAUAAACGAGCCCUAAGACAACAGGAGGAGGGAGUUCAGCAGAUACAGUCUACCAACAUGGCAGUUCUACAGCAGCAGUAUAGAGAUAUAGCAGAUGCCUUGUGGACCCACAUCUUCCCCUAUGUGAAGAAGCACAGCAUGACCUUGACCCCUCCCCCGACCUUGGCAGACGUGGCGGCAGGCUUCACCUUCCUCGCUCUCGAUCUUCCAUCUACUCCUGAUUUCACCAGACAGCAGCAGACAUUCUCCAGCAUAUUCCAGUACUUUGGCCCAGAGGACAGUGUGUGUGCAAGUAUCUGUUGCCGGUACCUGUGCCACCUGAUUCCUAACCAGUCCUUUAUGGACCAGUUGUCGGCGGAGUGUCCGGCGUACCAGUCCGGUAUCGUGCACGCCUGGUUCAGGUGCGUUAUGCAGACAUACGGAGACGACGAUCAGAUGCAGGAACUCACCAGACUGGUGUUGAGGUUACCAGAAAUGGAGAUCAUACUACACAGCCAGCAUGUUACUAUAGAGCCAUCAGACAACCCAGAGACUGUAGCAGUGAAGUUUAUUAAAGCUAUCGGCAGGCACUUCAACUCACUACAGUCCCUUCAAGAGAAGACAGAGUUCAGAGACCAGGUACUGUUGUACUAUGGUAACGUACUGCGGUACAUGGGUCCGUACCUGAAGAACUCAGGACCAGCUGAGGCUCUGAGGGUGGGGUAUCACAUGGUGGGAUGUAUGGUCAAACACUGUACCAAGAUCCUAUAUGUACAGUCGAACCCCCGGUCCCUACUGCCCAGUCUGAUGGACAGGUUGGUUCUUCCCCGCGCCAUCUACAACCCAGAGAAAACUCUACACCCUGCAGUUAUGGGGGUCAUCAGGGAUCACCUGCACCUGUUUAUCCAGGGUUUGAGUAAGCUGAGCUAUAAGAGGGACCCAUUUGUGCAGAAGGCCCUGAGAGACAUUUUACAGCAGUACUUCCACAGGUUCUCAGUGAAGUCUGGGAGUUUUACUUCUGGCCAGGCACAAGCCAACCAUCCUCUACUGCUUGCCUUGAGUGAAACCAUGUCAAAUAGUCCCAGCACUGAAGCAAGCCUCUUCCGUGUUCACCUGUUAGAGGGCAUCAGGGACAUGUACAUAACCUUGAGGUCUGGAUCUCUCCCAAACAGGGUUACUGAGACUUUCUCCUUCAUACUGGAGUUGUUAAGAAGAACACAGACAUCUGGUCAGAUAGCAAGAGACACACCUGUACUGUUUGCAACUGUCAUGGAGUAUCAGCUUCUAUGUGACCUGCCUGCCAUCAAGAAACAGGUGUCUGAGAUGCUCCAAUUCAUGAUGGAGAGCUGUCAACAGUGUCCUGAUGUGACCCCAAGGAGUGUGCUGUUACCCAUCCUGAGAGACUUCUUAGGCCGGAACCUCAGGCUGCACCAGAGCAGGACGUUCAGGCCGUUUGAGACACUAGCCCUGCUGUACAAGGACCUGAUAGCAGACCUGAUCCCAGUCUUCACCAAUGCUGUCCUGGAGGUUGAGCAAAAGAGGGGAGUGGGCGCAGACACACAGCUUAGACAAGCGUACACAUCUCUGCUGAACCAGCUUGGGCAGAAGGGACAGGAACAGCUGGAUGCCCUCAACACUGAACAGCAUGAUCAAAUCAUGUAAUGGAUCAGAAAAACUGCUGGAUGAGAUCUUGAACUAUAAUAUGAGAUCCAAUAAUUCAGGUAUAAUAGUCUAAUAAAAUUAACUUCUUUCAUCCAGUGACUCAGAUUCUAUUCCACAGUAAAGAGAAAGUUUGAACAUAUACUUUUUGAUCCUUGGAAAGAGCAAGGAGGUUUUAUCAAGCCUCCUUUUAAAAAGUUUCUUCAAGUGUACUUGUUUAAAAAAAGAAUUUGUGGAAAUGUUC